CGCGAUCGGACGGUAGGGGUCGGAGUCUACGCGACAAGCUCUGCUUAGCGUGGGCUUCGGCUCUGUCAAUCCGUCCAUUCAAACAUUCGAGCUAAAUUUAUAAAAAAACAAUACAAUAAUAUCCCUGAUAUUUUUGAUAUUUUAUUUUUUAAUCGAAUCGAAAAAAAAGAAUCGUUCAAUAACUUUUUGGCUGAAUCCUGCAUUUUACUCAAAAUGUCUGCGUUUUAGAGCACACACCUUGAAUUUCGUCAUAUGCGUCAUAUAUGUAUACAGUCGAUACGAAGGUUUGAGAUUUGUCAUUUUUCGGAAAAAAAUAGAUUAUCCUUACAUUUACAGGUGCGCACUCAGCCCGCAGGUGGCGCCAUGUGCAUCUCGCCGCGGCCCGCUGGCGACUCACCGCCGCCGCUCGGACCGGGCUCGUGGCUGCCGCGCGCGCCGCUGGCUGAGCGCCACUGGUCGCCGCUGCUGCGCGCCUGUCUGAACCGCGCCACUCCGACCAACUGUGCGGCGCUGGUGACGGCUCUGCACGCUGCGGUGGUGCCGCGCGCCGCUCGGCCCGACACCGUGCCGCGGCUGGUGAGGGACGUACUGGCCCAUGUGUCGGUCAGUGGUCUGUAUGGACCGCAGAACGCGGCACUGUGCGGCGCGCUGGCGGAUCUGCGCACGCCUGAUGACGAUCAGAGCUUCCUCGAGCUGCUGACGGAGCGCUGUGAGGCCGCAGCGCUGGGUGAAGAGCUGGUGGAGUCGUCUGUGCGCCGUCACUGCGCUGCUUUCCUCGGAGAGCUACACACCGCUGAGGUGACCUCCACGGAGCGCAUGUGGCGCUGGGUAGCGCGUCUGGAGCCCCGGGACCACGCAUCACCCGACCCAGCCAACGUGGACAGUCUGUGCGCCCUGCUGGCCACAGGCGGUGCCAAGCUGGAGACGGAGGCAGCGGCAGACGCCGUGGCGGCCGUGGCCAUCUCCGCGGCGGCAGAGACGACGGACGGGGAGACGGAGCCGACGCCGCUGGACGCCCUGUUCUCUCGACUCUGUCGGCUGGCGACCUCCCCCGGACUGGACACCCGUCUGCGCUGUCUACUGCUCGACACUGUGGAACUGCGACAGAGGGGCUGGAGGCGGCGCGCGCACUUCGCCUGUCCGCAGCCCAUCGACGAGCUGCGCGCGGCGGCAGAGGCCGAGAUGACAGCGCCGACAGGACGACGACGGAGAAGGCGCAGACGGCAGCCGCAGGCCACGUGAUCUGCGGUGACCCGAGGACAUGGCUUGCGAGAGAGGCGUGAAUACGAGAGAUUGAAGUGUCGGCGAUACUCGGCUUUAAGAAGCGACGAAUCAUGCUUGUUCAGAUUUGUUACGAAAUAUUUCAGUCAGUCAUUUUUGUUGUCAUACUACGCCCAGCGUAUGCUCAGGCUAAGCAUUGUAUUGGUCGGGUAAGCUGGGGACUGGAUGGCCACUUUGGCCAGCUUGAGGGUCUGAGGCAGGGAGUCAGGGUCAUUCCUGUGAUACCGGUAUAUUGUCAUUGCAAUCCUACAUGUUUGCAGUGGUAGGAACUAUUGUGCUCAUCUCAAAUGGGGUUAUGCUGGCCGCUGGGGUCGCCGCAAAUGCGAUAAUUAAACAAAAGUUCAUCGAAAGGUACAGUUGUGAAAUGCGAAUAGUCUGUAUUUAUUGGCACACAACUCCUUCGUCUUAGCAACUGUUUGGAUCGCGACUUUGGUGGUGCUAUGCUUUGGCCGGAACAGUGGUAUUGUCCUGGAGCGUUCCUUAUGUAAGGGAUAAUUUAUUGAUGCUGAGUGGUGCCUUUAUGUUACAUUUUUAGACCCGGAAAUAAAUGAGUCGUCGCUUUCAUAAA